AUGGCAGGAGGUGGAGCUGCACCACAACCAAAGCAAGAUGAACUUCUUCCACAUCCGGUUAAAGAUCAACUACCAAAUGUUUCUUAUUGCAUUACAAGUCCUCCUCCAUGGCCUGAGGCAAUCCUACUUGGCUUUCAACAUUACCUUGUGAUGCUUGGAACAACUGUGCUAAUUCCAAGCUCUCUAGUUCCUCAAAUGGGAGGAGGAAAUGAAGAGAAAGCAAAAGUAAUUCAGACUCUACUAUUUGUAGCCGGAAUUAACACGUUUUUCCAAACAACAUUCGGGACUCGUCUUCCCGCAGUUAUUGGAGGAUCCUACACUUUUGUUCCAACAACUAUAUCAAUUAUUUUGGCCGGUCGUUAUAGCGACAUUGUUAAUCCUCAUGAGAAGUUUGAGAAGAUAAUGAGGGGAACACAAGGUGCACUUAUAGUUGCUUCAACACUUCAAAUUGUUCUUGGUUUUAGUGGACUUUGGCGCAAUGUAGUGAGGUUCUUAAGUCCUCUCUCCGCAGUGCCCUUGGUUGCUCUCUCUGGCUUUGGGCUGUAUGAAUUCGGAUUUCCUGUGCUUGCAAAAUGUGUGGAGAUUGGACUACCAGAAAUCAUCAUCCUAGUAAUCUUUUCUCAGUACAUUCCUCACAUGAUGAAAGGAGAAAAGCCGAUCUUUGAUCGAUUUGCAGUUAUAUUCUCGGUCACAAUUGUGUGGCUUUAUGCUUAUCUUCUAACUGUUGGUGGAGCUUACAAAAACUCAGCACCUAAAACCCAAAUUACAUGUAGGACGGAUUGCGCUGGAAUCAUAGGUGGUGCUCCUUGGAUAAGAGUGCCGUAUCCGUUUCAAUGGGGAGCUCCAACAUUUGAUACUGGCGAAACUUUUGCUAUGAUGGCUGCUUCACUUGUUGCUCUAGUAGAGUCAUCCGGUGCAUUCAUUGCUGUGUCAAGGUAUGCAAGUGCAACUCCAAUUCCACCUUCGGUUCUCAGCAGAGGAGUAGGCUGGCAGGGAGUUGGAAUAAUGUUGUCUGGUAUAUUUGGCACAGGAAAUGGAUCAUCAGUUUCUGUGGAAAAUGCAGGACUCUUAGCUUUGACACGCGUAGGUAGCCGAAGAGUUGUUCAAAUAUCCGCCGGAUUCAUGAUCUUUUUCUCAAUUUUGGGAAAAUUUGGAGCUGUAUUUGCUUCAAUUCCAGCACCUAUAGUUGCAGCUUUAUAUUGUCUAUUCUUUGCUUAUGUGGGCUCUGCAGGUCUUAGCUUUCUUCAAUUUUGCAACUUAAACAGUUUCAAAACAAAAUUUAUCUUAGGCUUCUCUAUUUUCAUGGGAUUCUCUAUACCACAAUAUUUCAACGAGUACAGAGCAUUUAAAGGCUAUGGUCCUGUACACACGCGCGCAAGAUGGUUCAAUGACAUGAUCAAUGUUCCGUUUGCGUCAGAACCAUUUGUUGCUAGUUUCUUCGCAAUGUUCUUAGACGUAACGUUGCAUAAGAAAGACAACCAAACACGAAAAGAUAGAGGAAUGCAUUGGUGGGAUAAGUUUCGAUCGUUUAAGACAGAUACAAGGAGUGAAGAAUUUUAUUCUCUUCCUUUCAAUCUAAAUAAGUUUUUUCCUUCUGUGUAG